AUGGCCCACAGGUGGCCCGAACCGCCGGGACGCCGCAAAACUGGGGGCAGCCACCACGCGCCCGCCGCGCCGAGGCACCCGCCAGAUCCAUGGACCUCCACGCAACCGCUGCGUCGAGGCACCGCCCGGCCGCCAACCACCCACGCGCAGCCCGGACGCCGCAGCCGGCGAGGCGAAGACGUGCACCGGGGCCGCCGCCCCGGCAUCCCCACCUCCGGCGAGAGGACAUGCCAGCAUCGGGCAUCUCCUCCACCUCCACCCUUCAGGAGCCGCACCUCAACCCGUCCGAGCCCGCCCGGGCCCGCAGAACGGCCCGUCCUGGGCAAACCCGGCGCGCCGCCAUCCGCCGCCGCACACGGCAGCUCGCCGGCCGCCGCACGCAGCAAGCACACCCGCCGCCACGCCAACGUGGCCGCCCGCAGCAGCCCCCAAGGACCGCCCAGCAGCCCGUGGCCUCCAACAUCGGCCCGCCCCGCCGCCGGAAGCACGCCGCGCGCGCGAGGAUGCGCCGAAGAACCGCCUUCCCGGGGGCCGCCGCCCCGCGUCCGCGCCAGAUCCGGCCGCGCCGACCCCAGCCAGCCCAGCAGCCCUUCCGCCGCCGAGGACCCGAAGGGCGCCGCCGCCGCGCCUAGCGCCCACCCCCGCGCCGCGACGCGAGACGAGGUCCCCGCCGCCGCCCACAGCCGCACGAGCUUUGCCCGUCGGAGCGCUCCGGCGGCGGCGGAGGGGGGGAGGCGGAGGGGGCGGCCGAGCCCGGCGGCUAGGGUUUCGCCACCCGAGUCGCCCGAGCGGGACGACGCGGGGUCAUUAACCGUUUAG